AACAGUACGGAUGUAUGUCGAAGUUGUGUGUAUUCAAAGUUUACAUCUUCUCCGAUAUAGUGACGAAAUGAUGAAGUGAAUUUGUUUCAAAAUCGUGUGUUAAGUGAUUGCAUGCAAUUCUUUGCCCAAUACGAAAAUUACUCUGUUUCUGUAAUCGAAGUGCUAAUAAGAUCGAUACAAUAUUACAUAAAAGACUUGAGUGCUUUUGUGCACCUGAACAAACGUGCAACAGAAUUUGGUCGGUUUGAAGUUAAAAACCAAGAACUGAUACGAUACACAAACACAAACUGCACAGCCAACACCUACAUUUCAUGUGCGGUUUGCAAUUGAAAAUUCGAAAGAAUCGACGAUUUGUAAAAUUCGAAUUGCGAAAACAACGAAGUGAAAUAGACCGACCGACUGCGAAAAAGUGAACGUGAAACAGUCGAAAACUAUAAGAAAAAAUUAAGACUUGAUAAUUUCGUAUUCAGUGACGUGCGCAUUGUGCUGCAGCAGUGAAAUAAAAACGAAUUAUAUAGAAAAAUGUGUGGAAAUUCGAUGGUGUCGAUUGUGUGUGAUCAUACAAAUAAAAAUUGAAAAAUAUCAAACAGUGAAUACACUCGGUGUGUAGCGUCUAAUCAAAUUCACCGUAUGUUUGUGGCAAGCUGCAACCCGUGGCCGCUCUCUGUGUAUUACGCAUUAAAUGCGACUGCUAUUCCUUCUCUUUCUCUCUCUUUCUCUGUGUGUUCAAAAUAAACGCUCCAUCAAAAUACAUUUUAUGAUUUGCUAAAUGCGUCUAUCGUUUACGAUUUUUUUAACAUAAAUUACGGUCAAUCGCACACAAAACUGUAGGAACUAGUGAAACAGUCGGCAGUCGGCUCUAUUGCAAUUAAAUUAUAAAACAGAAAACGAACAGUAUAAUAACAAAAGUUAAUAUGAAAAAAGUGAAAUUAGAUUAUCGAUACACUGACGAUCAUCGAGGGAAACAACGAUCACGUCCGAUUGCCGCAUUUCUCAAGACAAUGUUUAAAUUAGAAAAUGUUACGAUUUUAGUUUUAUUAGUAUUAGCACAUCAAAUCCAUGGAAUUUAUUCACAAGUGUGUGGUCAACCGGCCGUGCCGUUGAAUGCAAAAGUAAAAACAACAGUUUCCGGCCAAUCGGGCAUAUCAGAAGCGCAUUAUGAAUGCGAUUCGGGAUAUGAAUUAUUCGGUCCAAGUGUCACGAAAUGUGAUCCAAAGCGUGGAUGGGAAAAAGAUCUACCAUUUUGUGGUACAAAUGUGGCAUACCGAAAGCCGGUGAAUCAAUCAUCAUCAACGCGAGCUGGUCCGGCUGGUUUAGCAAACGAUGGUAAAUUGGGUAAUGAAAAUCCCGACGAACAAAAAUGCUCGGAAACACAAAAAGAGGUAUCGCCAUGGUGGCGCGUCGAUUUAUUGGCACCGCAGACGAUUCGCGUUGUGAGAAUCACAACAAGAGGCUGUUGCGGAUUUCCACCGCUUCAAGAUUUAGAGAUUCGAGUUGGAAACAGUAGUUUCGAUUUGCAACGUAAUCCAUUGUGUGCAUGGUAUCCAGGAACUGUGGAUGAAGGCACAUCAAAAACAUUUACAUGUGCACGACCUUUGGUCGGCCAAUUCGUUGCCAUUCAAUUAGUUGGUGUUGAAGGUAGUCUCAGUUUGUGCGAAGUCGAAGUAUUUUCGAACGAUGAAUUUUCAUCCGAACGGUGUGCCGCUCCAAAUUUAAAUGCGGACACAGUGUUACAAACAUUCGACCGUACUUGUUUUGAAUUCCACGUUACACGCGGCGAGAGCUAUGAAAAGGCACAACAAAUCUGCAAAUCGCACGGUGGAGAUUUGAUUCACGAUUUCCGCGGAACAACGAAAGACUACAUUUUAUCGGAGCUUGAACGACGCAAGACGGAGCUUCGUACACAAUUGGUUUGGAUUGGUGCGCAAAAAGAGCCGGGAUACACAUCACGCACAUGGAAAUGGGUUAAUGGUGAUAUUGUAUUGAAGCCCGCAUGGGGCCGUGAUCAACCGAACAAUUACAAUGGCGAACAAAAUUGUGUUGUCUUAGACGGCGGGAGGAAUUGGUUAUGGAAUGAUGUUGGCUGUAAUCUUGACUAUUUACACUUCAUUUGUCAACACGAGCCUCUGUCAUGUGGAAGUCCAGAUUCGUUGCAGAAUACAACGGUGUCGGGUCGAAAUUAUACGAAUGGUGCGAAUAUUACAUAUUCAUGUCCAAUUGGACAUGCCCUCAUCGGCAAUGGAAGUCGUCAAUGUGAAAAUGGUAUUUGGAGUGGAAAAGCACCGACCUGUAAAUAUAUUGACUGCGGUGAAUUACCGACACUUGAGCAUGGUGCAAUCAUUUUGCCAGAACAUAGAACAUCAUUUAGCGCUCAAGCCAUGUACACAUGCCAUGAAAAUUACACAUUGAUUGGCAAUGAGAAUCGCACGUGUGGCAUCGAUGGGUGGUCGGGCAAACAGCCACAAUGUCUUGUCGAUUGGUGUCCGGAUCCAAUACAAAUUGCUGGCGGAUCAGUUGAUUUGAGCGGCAAACGAGCCGGAGCAACAGCUGUUUAUAAGUGUGAUCAGGGAUAUGUGUUGAUUGGAGAUCCGAUCAUAACAUGUGGGUUAGGAGGAGAAUGGAGUGGAAAAGCGCCAAUUUGUCGAUAUGUUGAUUGUGGUACUCCAGUUAGACCGGAUCGGGGCAGCAUUCAAUUAGUAAAUGGCACAACAACAGUUGGUUCAAUCGUUAAAUAUCAGUGUGAUGAUGACUAUUGGCUUGUUGGAAAUGGUGAACUACGUUGCACGAAAGACGGCAAAUGGAGCGAUGAUGCACCGGCUUGUGAAUUGAUUACAUGCGAAGCACCAAAUCUCCCGCCGGGCUCAUAUGUCGUUGGUUAUGAUUACAACAUUCACUCAAUGAUUGAAUAUCACUGCGAUGCUGGUCAUAAGCUACGCGGUGAAUCUCAAUUGAAAUGCACAGAAACUGGUGAAUGGAGUGGAGAGGCACCCGUUUGUGAAUAUAUCGAUUGUGGUCCAGUUCAACCGAUUCCAUAUGGAUCAUUUAAAUACAUUCAGAAUACAACGUAUAUUGGAUCGGAAGUUGUGUACUCUUGCAUUAACUCGCAUCGGCUGCAAGGUGUUGAGAAACGACGAUGUUUGGACGGUGCCGCAUGGAGUGAUGAAACACCUAGAUGCGAAGAAAUUCGAUGCACUGAACCAGUUAUUGCACCACAUAGUAUUCUAUCGGUCACCGGUAACGACCGUAUGUAUGGCAGAACUUUAAUUCGUACCGCUGAAAAUAAUCCGAAAAAGAGCGUUCAAACUUAUAAAAUUGGAGCUCUUGCAAAAUAUCGUUGUGAACGUGGAUAUAAAAUUAUUGGCGAACCGUUGGUUACAUGCGAAGAAAAUGGCGCAUGGAGCGGAUCGAUGCCGGAGUGUAUAUUUGUGGAUUGUGAUCAACCGGCCGAAAUUAAAAAUGGAAAAGUGCUUCUAACCCAAAACGCAACAUACUAUGGAUCAACGAUUUUGUAUGAAUGUGAUGAAAACUUUAAAUUGGAUGGAAUUUCACGUCGACUGUGCUUAGAAAAUGGAACAUGGGGCCACGAUCCACCGUCUUGUGUUGAGAUAACAUGUGAUAUUCCAGAUAUGGCCGAAAAUGUGAUUGUCGAUGCUGAUAUUCGAACGGUUGGUUCAAUUGCAAAAUUCUCAUGUCCAAAGGGUCACAAUAUGAUCGGAAAUGAAACGCGCGUUUGUUUGAAAAAUGGUCGUUGGGCAGGAAAAUCGCCCAUUUGUAAACCAGUCGAUUGUGAUCGACCGAAUACAAUCGAAAAUGGUCGUAUUAUUGUUGUUAACGAAUCAACAAUCUACGGUGGUUCAGUGGAAUAUCAUUGCAUACCAAAUUUCCAACGAAUCGGUCCCUAUUUGCGUAAAUGUAUGGAUGAUGCGAAAUGGAGUGGCGAAGAGCCACGUUGCGAAUUGGCUGCCAGUGAUGCCCAAGACAGUGCUGGUCUUGGAACUGGCAUUGCAAUCGGUGUUGCUAUUAUCAUAAUCUUACUAGUUUUGAUCGCAUUAAUUGUACUGCAUCGAAACAAAGCCAGACCAGUUAAAAACACUGAAAAUGUUCAGGCGGCCGAAAGAAAAGAAGAUCAAAAUGCGGCCGUCAUGUCGUAUUCAAGUUUAGAAACAAAUCGACAAAAUAUGGAUAAUUUAUAUCAAAAUCAAGCCACCUUUAACACAUUCCAUCCACCUCAUUUGAACGACACUAACAAUCGAUCGACAGAAAAUAUUUACGAUCAAAUACCAGCAGAACCAUACUACGAUGCUCCCUAUGAGAUGCAAACAAACGAAGAUGUAUACGAACCAGAACCAUUGCCACCACCACCUCCCGCACAAGGAGCGGCCAGCGUUGUCACCAUAAAUGGAAUGGCGAUACGAUGAACAUCGUCCAAAUGAAAAUCUGAAUUUCUUUUUAAACACACACACGAAUACACUUUGAUAUGAAUGUUUUAAUGCCAAUUUGCAAAAUAUUGAUUGUGAGAAAUGACUGUCUUCUUGUUAGUCGAUAUAUUUUAAGCAAAGUAAUUUAAUCGUAGCUGAAAAUGAUAUGUAUUUAGUAUGUAAGCAAUUCAGUCAUUUUAAUUAAUGUAAAAUAGCAAAUGUCUUCACAAAAUGCACAGUAUAAUAGCAAGACCGUUCGGAUCUUGGAUUAAAUAUAUGUCGAUUUUAAAUUUAAAUUGUAACGAAUGAAUUGAACAAUUG